AAGACACCAACUACUCACAUCAUAUCCAGGAACAAAGAUCAUUAACACGCCAUCUGUGAACAUCUGGCUGAAAAGUUUUGAACAAGGAAACAUACCAAAGAGAAGAAGAGGAGUCAUUAACUCACCUUAUUGAAUGACUAGUGAAGGAAAACCUGGCUUUCAUUGGCUAACUGCUCAGCUCUCAGUUACCUUCUACUGAGAAAAAUAAAAAAGAUCUGGACUGAGGUUUUCCCGAGGAGCGUUUUCGUUGAGAGAGAAGUUUCUUCAGUGAUUAUGGCAUCAACUGGUCUUCAGCUGGUCGGCCUGGUGUUGGCCGUGCUGGGUUGGAUUAGUGGUGCGUUGGUGUGCGCCGCUCCACUGUGGCGUGUGUCUGCUUUUGUGGGUGGAGAGCUGGUGAUUGCCCAGGUAUUGUGGGAGGGACUGUGGAUGAACUGCCUGUCUCAGACCACAGGCCAGAUCCAGUGCAAGACCUACGACUCCACAUUGGCCCUGCCUACGUCUGCCCAGGCUGCCCGGGGCCUCACUGUUCUCUCCCUGCUCCUGUGCCUCCUGGCCCUCAUACUCGGGGUGACAGGGGCCAAGGGUACUCACUGCAUGGGCGACGGUAACCAGGCCUCCAAGGUGCGGCUUGCUAGGGUAUCAGGGGUGCUCUUCCUUGUGGCUGGCCUGGCCUACUUGAUACCCAUUUCUUGGACUGCCUAUGCUAUCAUCAGGGACUUCUAUGAUCCAAAUGUUGCAGCAGCUCUGAAGAGAGAGCUGGGGCCGGCACUGUACCUGGGCUGGGCAGCCAGCGUGUUGCUCCUGCUGGGUGGCUCUCUGCUGCAUGUUGGCUCUUCUCCAUCAGGGGGAAGAGCACUCGCUAUUUUUGGAGGAGGUGCAAAGGACAACCCACAAACUGGGGCAGCAGGGGAAGGGAAGCAGCAGGAAAAAUCUUUUGUAUGAGAUCAUUUAAUUGGAUGUGAGGUACGAAGAAACUCAGAGGUCACCUCUUCAAACAAUCUAUUAGAGGAUGCUCGGUCUCUUUAGUGUUACUGUAUAUUAUUUGUCUGAUAAAGUUGAGUCUGUGGAUUUCACAUUGCAUGUCUUACACAAAAGAGGUUCUAAUAGAAUUUACAUUAUUUAAGGGCUUUUUGUCAGCGUGGAAUUUGAAACGAUUUGUGGGAGGGUUUUAGAUGUUUAAAUGGAUACUAAUGUGUGUGACUCACAUUUGUCAGAUUCCACUCUGCCUCUGCUUGUGUUUGUGUGUGUGUGUGGGUGGUCUGUGUACAGAAGACCAGUGUACAUAGCAAUUUUCUGUUUGCUGGUGUUUUCACUGUAAAUGUGUAGGCAGUCAGAGUGGUGCUUGUUUAUUCCCUUUUAAUGCACAGUUUUGAGAAUUUGUGUUUUUUGAACAGAUUUAAUAUUUUAUUCUUGGCUCAAUAAUACACAUUUUUACUGUACUGCUUUGUUAAUGUCAGUUUAAACACUGACAUAUGUACAGUAGGAAGUGAAAUAACUAUGCAUGUUUAUGUAACAAUAUUCUUGCUCAGUGUCAGCUGUGCCUUUUGUGACCCUCUAUAGGAUAAGCAGUAUAGAUAAUGGAUGGACAGAUGGAGCACUUUGGGCACUCCCUGGGCUACCAUAACAAAUAUGGUCAGGGUUAAGCAUUUCAGAGUCUACCUAACCGUUGACCUAAUGGUACUACAGCAUAUACUUUAUUAAGCAAAUAUACG